CGCGGAGGGGAAGGCCGGAACCGCGGUGCUCCAGGCGCAGGGCGCGGGCUGGGGCUCCGAAGGCGCGGGCCGGGAGGCAGGUGCGCGGCGUGGACUACAAGUCCCAGCAUGCCCAGCUGCCUUGACCCGGCCCCUGCUGCCACUUAAAGGCUCCGGGAACCGCAGCCGUCGGGUCGCCGCGGCUUUCGCUUUGCCGCCGCGGUUGGGCGGGCAGGAGCCGUGAGCUCGGUCGCCGGCUCUCCUCGCGUCCGGGCUCCUGCACCGCCGAGGGGCGCUCCUCGUGCAGCCCUCCCGGCUCGAGGAUUCCCUUCCGAGGCGCCCGCGUCCCCGGGCUCCCCGCCUCGGCCACCCCGCGGCCCCGAUGCCGAGGCAUGGAUAGAACGGCAAGGCGCGCGGCGGCGAUGGGGGAAAAGAAGGAGGGCGGCGGCGGGGGGGACGCGGCGGCCGCGGAGGGGGGCGCCGGAGCCGCGGCCAGCCGGGCGCUGCAGCAGUGCGGCCAGCUCCAGAAGCUCAUCGAUAUCUCCAUCGGCAGCCUGCGCGGGCUGCGCACCAAGUGUGCGGUGUCCAACGACCUCACCCAGCAGGAGAUCCGGACCCUGGAGGCGAAGCUGGUCCGGUACAUUUGCAAGCAGCGGCAGUGCAAGCUGAGUGUGGCUCCUGGUGAGAGGACCUCAGAGCUCAACAGCUACCCUCGCUUCAGUGACUGGCUGUAUACCUUCAGUGUGAGACCGGAGGUGGUGCAGGAGAUCCUCCGAGAGCUCACACUGGAUGCCCUGCUGGACAUGAAUGAAGCGAAGGUGAAGGAGACGCUGCGGCGCUGUGGGGCGAGUGUGGAGGAGUGUGGCCGCCUGCAGUACGCCCUCACCUGCCUGCGGAAGGUGACAGGCCUGGGAGGGGAGCACAAAGAGGACUCAGGCUGGAAUUCGUUGGAUGCCCGGCGGGAAAGUGGCUCAGGGCUUUCCACAGACAGCCUCUCACCAGCCAGCCUGCCCUGGCCCACAGGGGGCUCCCAGCUGGGCAGAAUGGGCAGCAGUGCCCAGGGCCCACGCUCCGUCUCCGUAUCUGCACUGCCCACCUCGGACUCCUCAACCCCUGGCCCCAACGAGGGUCUCACGGACACCUGUAUGCCCCUGCACGCCAGUGGCCGGCUGACCCCCCGGGCCCUGCAUAGCUUCAUCACCCCUCCCACGACGCCCCAGCUGCGACGGCACACCAAGCUGAAGCCGCCACGGACGCCACCCCCACCCAGCCGCAAGGUCUUUCACCUGCUGCCCAGCUUCCCCACGCUCACCCGGAGCAAGUCCCACGAGUCUCAGCUGGGGAACCGCAUCGACGAAGUCUCCCCAAUGAGGUUUGAUCUUCAGCACGGAUCCCCGCAGAUGGUACGGAGGGACAUCGGGCUCUCAGUGACACACAGGUUCUCCACCAAGUCCUGGCUGUCGCAGGUCUGCCACGUGUGCCAGAAAAACAUGAUGUUUGGAGUGAAGUGCAAACAUUGCAGGUUGAAGUGUCAUAACAAGUGUACAAAAGAAGCUCCCGCCUGUAGAAUAUCCUUCCUUCCAAUAUCUAGGCUUCGGAGGACAGAAUCUGUCCCUUCGGAUAUCAACAACCCGGUGGACAGAGCAGCUGAACCCCAUUUUGGAACCCUCCCCAAAGCACUGACAAAGAAGGAGCACCCUCCAACCAUGAACCACCUGGACUCCAGCAGCAACCCGUCUUCUACCACGUCCUCCACGCCCUCCUCGCCUGCCCCUUUCCCCACAUCAUCCAACCCAUCCAGUGCUACCACGCCCCCCAACCCCUCACCUGGCCAGCGGGACAGCAGGUUCAACUUCCCAGCUGCCUACUUCAUUCAUCAUAGACAGCAGUUUAUCUUCCCAGAUAUUUCAGCAUUUCCGCAGGCGGCCCCAUUCCCCGAUGCAGCGGACAGUACACGGCUCGACGACCAACCCAAAGCAGACGUGCUGGAGGAUCACGAAGUGGAGGCCGAGGAGCCAGAGGCUGACAAGUCAGAGGCAGAAGACGACGAGGACGAGAUAGAUGACUUGCCAAGCUCCCGCCGGCCCUGGCGGGGCCCCAUCUCUCGCAAGGCCAGCCAGACCAGUGUGUACCUGCAGGAGUGGGACAUCCCCUUUGAGCAGGUGGAGCUGGGCGAGCCCAUCGGGCAGGGCCGCUGGGGCCGGGUGCACCGUGGCCGCUGGCACGGGGAGGUGGCCAUCCGCCUGCUGGAGAUGGACGGCCACAACCAGGACCACCUGAAGCUGUUCAAGAAAGAGGUGAUGAACUAUCGGCAGACACGGCAUGAGAACGUGGUGCUGUUCAUGGGGGCCUGCAUGAACCCCCCCCACCUGGCCAUCAUCACCAGCUUCUGCAAGGGGCGGACGUUACAUUCAUUUGUGAGGGACCCCAAGACGUCUCUGGACAUCAACAAGACCAGGCAGAUUGCUCAGGAGAUCAUCAAGGGCAUGGGGUAUCUGCACGCCAAGGGCAUCGUGCACAAGGACCUCAAAUCCAAGAAUGUCUUCUACGACAAUGGCAAAGUGGUCAUCACGGACUUCGGGCUGUUUGGGAUCUCAGGCGUGGUCCGCGAGGGACGGCGUGAGAACCAGCUGAAGUUGUCACACGACUGGCUGUGCUACCUGGCCCCUGAGAUCGUGCGCGAGAUGACCCCCGGGAAGGAUGAGGAUCACCUGCCGUUCUCAAAAGCUGCUGACGUCUAUGCAUUUGGGACUGUUUGGUAUGAGCUGCAAGCAAGAGACUGGCCCUUUAAAAACCAAGCUGCAGAGGCCUUGAUCUGGCAGAUUGGAAGCGGAGAAGGAAUGAAGCGAGUCCUGGCUUCCGUCAGCCUGGGGAAGGAAGUCACUGAGAUCCUGUCUGCCUGCUGGGCUUUCGACCUACAGGAGAGGCCCAGCUUCAGCCUGCUGAUGGAAAUGCUGGAGAAGCUGCCCAAGCUGAAUCGGCGGCUCUCCCACCCUGGGCACUUCUGGAAGUCUGCUGAUCGCUGGCGGAGCCGCUACUACGGGAAAGGACGUUACGGUCAUGCUGACUUUAAGAGCUCCUGUCCAGUUCUGGAGGAAUACAUUAACAGCAGCAAAGUUGUACCCCGGUUUGAAAGGUUUGGCUUGGGCGUGUUGGAGUCCAGUAAUCCAAAGAUGUAGCCAGCUGUGCAGUUUUUCUGCUGAUUUCUUUCUUAAAUGUGUUUCUAAAACAUCCAAACAACCACCGCAACACAAAGCAACACUCAUCAACACGUCGGCCGCCCUCCUAAGUGCUGCAAACCAGGAGCGUGUGUCCUCGAUUCAGACUGUUCGCCCACCAAAAAACACUCGGGUCCCGGAGAUGGAGCCGCACCUGCCGUUUCUUAAGAUGACAUCACCAACAACCAGACCUGUCGUGACAGGCAGCAAAUUGUUUACACGUAUGUUUCUGCGGAGUGAAUGCGAUGUUUUACAGUAGGUAAUAAUAAAAACGGGCUUUGCUGACACGCCCUGGCACCGUUGGCCAGGAGGGCGGAAGUGGCCGUUGCCUCUGGAGGCCCCUGGAGGCAGUGAGCCCCCUCUGGGCCAGAAGGAAGAAAAGCAUCAUGACUGUGGCUCUCCUUGUGGUAGGACAGGGACCAUAAGGUUUGACCUGGCCUCUGCUUUGACCCUAAACCCUAUCAGUGGGGAAUCUCCCUCCGUAGGGGUAUCCCCUCGUCCUAUCAAAAGGACACUGUCCCUUCCUCCUUUUGCAGAGGAAACCCUGGCUAGGAACUGAGUUGGAUUAUGAGUUUGGGUUCACCUCUGACCCCUGUAAUCCAUCCCGUACCAGCUGGAAAUGUGGAGACAGGUAAAAUCCAAAUAACAUCUGAGCUGACCCAGUGGUUCCCAACCAGGGUUUCCGCUGUCUGUAGAGAUGUUUCUUUCAUGAAGCCCCCAGGGAAGCACCAAGGAGAUGGGACGCAGGGCCUUGGCUGUUUAGACACAUCUCAGUCCCUGACUGACAUCGGACCCCAGAGCUAAGGCCCAACCCAGCAGCUGUGUUUACGAUGAAGGCUUGAUCCGUGAGAACAAGGCAGGUGGUGGGAGGGAUUAGCAGCAGUGGGUCCCUGAACCCACCCUCCCAGCCACUGCGUGAUCUGGCCCCUUAGAAACCUGUGGUCAGCCAUCCCAAGGUUCCAGAGCUGCCCACCUAUUCCAGUCCCCUCGUCCUGUUGAAACUGCUCAGCACACUCCUGCUUCCUCCACUGGCCGUGUUCCGAGCUAAGAUGGAAGGGAUGCUCCCCCCUUUCAUUUAGAGCCACCUAGCGAGCCCCCCGAAUCUUCAGAGCCUUCCCAAGCACUGAGUCAAGCUUGUCACUUGUGUGCACUUGAACCAGAAGGAGGGACUUGGUUUGGGAAAGUCCAUGAUGUGAGAGCAUCUUGCCUGUCUUCAUUGGAAGCUGUUGCCUAAAGAGAAAAGUGCCACAUGGCGAAGAAAUCCUUCAGUGGUCAGUUACGUCACUAGGCUCUAAAACCAAAAAUGACCAAGGGUGACAAAAGCGGCAAUGUGGUUGGAUUCACCUGUGUCCGUGCUCUGAUCCAUGAUGGGGCAGCAUGCUGUCCUCCUCACCCUUUCAUUUAGACCCACCUAGCAGAGCUCCCAGUCUUCGGAGCCCUCCCCGGAGUCUGGCCAAAAACAUCCUAUGAAAUGGCCCGCUCUGCCUAGAAGCUGUGGGCUGCCUUCCCCUCUCCCAGCCAGGCACCCCUUGGCUGAGCCCUGCUUGGAGAGCACAGCUAUGAGGCGAUGCAAGGUACCUGGCCUCCCGCUGCCCGUCAGCACUCCAGGCACGAGCACCUUCCCCCUUCCGAGUCGGGGUGUGGGAGGAAGACAGAGCAGCUGGAAACCAGUUGGGUUCAGCCCCAUGUGAUCUUCCUCCCAUCAUGCCUCUGUGAUCACGCCACCCAAAGCCACAUGGUGUGUGACUGCCUCCUCCUGUGGGGAGGAGCUAAUUCAAUUCCUCCCCACAGGUUUUCGCCUUCCCAGAGGUCGCAGUUUGUGCAUCUUGGGCCUCUCAGCCUCUCCCCUCUAAACCCAUGGCCAUGCUGGUGAGCCCAGGGUUUGGACAGCUGCAGAGCAAGUCGGGCUCAACACCCCCCAGCCCUCACCCCUGGGUUUUGUUUUUUCUCAUGAGCAUCACACUCGUGGGUCAGUUUGAGAAGCUUUCAUGGCACACCUACUGUUGUCUUGGGCAAGUGCUAGGGGGACCCGCGAUGGGAGCAGUCGCAAUCCCCGCCCUUAAGGAACUGGGAUCGUCCAGGAACCCCAAGAGUGGAGCUGAGGGACUGGGAUAUCCCCUUCCUCUGCAAGGCCCUGGGCAGCCAUCUGCUCCUGGCCUGAGCCUCUGCACUGCCUGUCAUUAAGAGAAACUCCUGAGGAAUGUCCCCAAUGUGGUCCCCUUCUCCCUAUUUAAGUGACUGUGAAGGAGGUUAGGAAGACAUGCUUGUCCUUCAUGUGUUCUCCCAUCUGCCUUGGAAACACAUGAAGGACGGCAGAUACUGUGAAUUCAGCCCUCAUGGCCAACUGUGAAGGGGAUGGAGAAGCUGAGAGGGUCUCCUUGGCAAGAGCUCUGGGGGCUGCGGAGGUCCCCACUGGGGUCUGAUAGUGGAGCCCACGCUUUGGCCCUUCAGGGACCCCCAGUUCCUAACCUCACCUCCCACACCCCUGGGGCUGGUGUCCCUGCUGCCUUUAGCCACCAGCGUCGCAGCCAUUGGGUCUCCAGCCAACUUGAGGUUUGAAUCCUAGCAAGUCCCCAGUUAGUCAUGAGCAAUGUGUAGCAGAGUUCACCUCUCCAUGUCACCAAAUCACAGAUGUGUGCAUGGCUCUGGAAUCCCUCUGCCUUCUCAUGGCAUUUCUCCGUGUGAUCACAGAGGGCAGUGCCGUGCCCUGGAAGCCUGUGGUGUUCUCAGGCUCAGACCAAGAUUUGGGAUCUGAGUGGAGACAUAAAUGUGAAGCCGAAUAGGGAGCUUAUGCGAUUCUACAACGUUAGCCAGGAUUUCAUCUGUAUGUGUGCAAACCCAGCGUCCCCUGUGGCCACAAGGCACACACUUGCUUUUUUGAAUGUGAUGUAAACUUUGUACAGUAAAAGUUUUUAUAUUUUCUACCAACUGCAUUUGUCUUCCAGAAAUGCUGUUAAUUUAAAUUAAAAUGGUUAGUAUUAAUGAAUGUGCUGUAUCACUUUUUGCCACUGGCAAGAACAUACCCUCUGUGCCAGGCCAAGCCUGGGUGUCUGGAGUUUGAAUAAAGUUGUACCAAGGUGUCCA